AUGUCCUACCACCCCGGGAGCAGCAACACCAGAGGCAACAACGACGGACUGAGCGCCUGGCCGUCCAACCUCGGCAAUCCGGAGACGACGGAGCUAUGCCGGUACGACCUCCUCUUGCCGUCGGGUUGCUAUCUUCCCCAGCAGUGGAAGACCAGCACAGACAACUACCCGACGCUCGGCCCCGGCGCAAUGACGGAGGAGCUCCGGACCCACAUCGACAGCCGCCACAACAUUCAAGGCCGACGCGACUUCUGGCGCGGCAAGGUGUAUGACGACGUGAUCACCGCCUUCCGGCUGGCGGUGGCCAGCGUCACCCACGACCUCACUAGCCUGAGCGGCCGCUGUCACGAAUCUGACCACCGCCAGCCAGCCCUCCCGGUGAUAGUGCAGGGCCCCGCCCCAUGGGAGCACCGUCGCGGAUCAGACUGCUACUAG